CUUUAGUCUAAAGAUGGCGGCCUCAGUAGCGAGAGGUGCUGUGGCGCUGCGUAGAAAUAUCGAUCGGCCGGUUGCUUUUGUGAGAAAAAUUCCUUGGACUGCGGCGUCGAGUCAGCUGAAAGAAUACUUUGCACAGUUUGGCCAUGUAAAAAGGUGUAUUGUACCUUUUGACAAGGGGACUGGCUUUCACAGAGGUUUGGGUUGGGUUCAGUUUUCUUCAGAAGAAGAACUUCAGAAUGCACUACAACAGGAAUAUCAUAUUAUAGAUGGAGUGAAGUGUCUCAAAUUUCAGUCCACUGUAAGAAGUUAAAAUCAGAACUGUUUCAUCUUUCUUGUCUCAAGUUUCAACAUACAACUUCCAAUUUUUUUGUCAUCAUGCUGGCAUUUACAUCCAAAUAUGAAGUAUGGUAAUUUUCGUUUCCCUGAGGAUAGGUAUUCACAUCAACACAACAAUAUGCUGUUCCUAAACUUGUACCUUGGAUUGGUUGAAGAGCCUUUGGUCAUACUGAACUUCAUUGGAAGUCCGAGGAUUAGGAACACCGAGAGCAAUGACUUCACUGAUAUCCCGAUUUUCAUUUCUCUGAAGUUUCGACCUAUUUUGAAAUACGACAUCACUAACUGAAAACUCUUUAUAGACAAACUGAGUAUGUUCAAUAGAAAUACAACCAAUCUCAGAAGCAAAGGACAUGAAUAUGUCACAUUCACAUCUUGUGAACGUAUAUUCCUUGAUAAUACAUAAUCAAGUUGGCAGCCCUUAUAAAGCAUUUCAGAUUAGAGGGAAGAGUUUUACAAUUAGGAUAUCCUGUUAGCUCAAAAGAACAUCUAACAGAUUCGUUGACGUGGAAUUCUUUAAUAUAAGCAAUCACCUUA